AUGUUACGUGUAGGAAAGCUGUUAGAGUUUUGCUACGUAUAUCCUCGGAUAUUAAUUACAAAAGGCAUAUGCCUUUACCUUUACAAACGAUAUUCGAGAGUGAAUUCAUACAACUGCAGUCACUUCAGAUAUGGAUGUCCUGAUUCCAAUUACUUUACAUCUGAAGUAUAUAAUUAUCCAACUUGUAUAUCUAUUAAAGAUGGAUGUUUCCUUGCCGAGCCAUCUUGUGAGAGCACAACAAUAACUUAUCCAGAGGAAACUUACCGGGAAUGGAGUGACAGUUCUACUAUAAUAUACAAAGAAACUACGAAACAUAUACAUGUACAGACUGAGCUUUCCAACGACAGAUUCAUCGAGAUUCUUUUAGGAGCAGUUAUCUGCAUUUUGGUUGUGUCGUUCUCCAUCAUUUUGUAUAUCUGCCGUAGAAGAAGAAAUUUCUCAAAGGUGGAAAAAGAGACUGAUAUAGAGAAUAAUAACGACAAAAAAACUCCAUUGAUAGAAAACCCAAAGCUAUAUAAUGUGGAUACAACCAAGGAAGUAUUACGCUUUGAAAAUGCAGUUCUUGAUCAAUGGAGAGAGGACGACACCUUCUUCAUUUCAACAAGAGCAUGUAAAGAAGUCGAGAGCAAAUUAGAAAACCAAAAUCUGGUGGUUGUGACAGGACACUCCGGAUCCGGAAAAUCUGCUAUUAUUCAACAUAUUGCACUCAAGUACAAGGAUCAGGGCUGGAUUGUGAAAUCAUUUAAAGAUGUGAGGGAAAUGAUAAAAUACAUUUUAGAACCAGAAUGUUAUUUGAACUCAACUAUAUUAGUACUUAACGAUCCUAUUGGAAAAGAUACAUUCGAUAAGUCAUCCUAUCUUUUUUGGGAAGAACCUGUACAAGCGAUAUCAACCUUUUUAAAACAGGGAAAAAUGCUUAUUUCCUGUAGGAAUUAUAUUCUUUUUGAUGAUAAAGUGAAAGGAGUUUUACAGGAAAAAACAAAUAUUGUAGAUAUCGAAGAUGGCAGGUAUAAAUUAACCAAUGAAGAAAAACGAAGCAUUUGGAACAAAUAUAUGCCAAAUGACAAAUUAUCUAAGGAGGAUUUUACUGAAAUUCUAAAUAUUGAAGCGUAUUUUCCGUUAUUGUGUAAACUUUUUUCUUCUGACAUAAAAUAUCAAAGUGACGGAUAUAGAUUUUUUAAAGAGCCCGUAAAGGUCGUUGAAGAGCAAAUAAGAUGUUUUAGAAAGAAGGACAGAGGGAAGUACUGCGCCCUUGUUCUCCUUGUUCUUUUUAAUAAUAACUUCUGCUGUGAUGAUGCAGUGAGGAAUGAGGACAAAUUUAAACGUGCAUUGACCAUGUGUGGAUUACCGCAGGAUACCCCACCUUAUGAUAUUGGUGACAAUCUUGACCUCCUAAAGGGAUUGUUUGUCAAAAAAAUCGGCGACGCUUAUGAGUUUUAUCACGAUUUUGUUAUGGAGGUGACAUGUUUUAUUCUUGGAAAGGAUUAUCCAGCAAAAUUAAUACAAUAUGCCGAUAUUAGGUUCCUUCUUAGACGAGUAACCUUAGACAAUGGGAUUGAACAGAAUCGACCGUUUACCAUAUAUUUAAGUGAUAUAAGGAAUAUAGUCAUACUUGGAGAGAGAUGUUUUAAGGCCCUUUUCGAAGAAUGUUAUAUAGAAGUUAUACUUCAUCCUGCUUUAAGGGAUAAAAGAUUAAUAAAAGUACUACAAAAAGAAUUCGAAAGAGACCCAGAAAAGCUACAAGGGUUACUUCAAACCAAAAAGAGUAUGUAUGACUAUCAUAAACAGUAUUGGCCGAUUACAGAUGACACAUUGUCGAAACUUGGCCUCGUGGCUUUGGAAAAAAAAAUUUCGCCUCUCUGUGCGCUGGUGGCAUUUUGUCAUACUGAUUUGUCCUUACAUUGUUUUCAUGCUCUUCGUCAAUUAAAAACUGAAUUGAUUGGAAUUAGUAUUGUAUCUGCAGUAUGUUGCAAUGGCUCAAAAGAUUUUUUUAAAUUGUUGCCGAAUGAUUACAUUAAAGACUCUUUGACAGAAACGUUUGGGGGCUUAUUUCCAAUUCAUAUUGCAGCAUUGCUUUAUAAUUUUGAAAUUCUGGAAGAGUUGAUUCAUUUAGGUGCUGAGGUGAAUGUGAAAACAAAGGAUGAAAAAAGCUGGACUCCCUUAAUGUUUGCUGCAAGUCGAUUCGAAACCGAUCCUCAAGACAAUAAAUAUAAUAUGGAAACUUCAAUACGACGUGAUCAAACUGUUCAAAUGUUGAUAGAUAACGCAGCAGACGUCAACUUAUGUGCGGGAGACGGUGUUAGUUCUCUCUUUUUAGCUUGUCAAAACGGUCAUACCAGUAUGGUGGAAAUUUUACUCAGAAAAGGGGCGGACAUUAAUUCAAGCACCGCCGAAGACGAAGUUAGUCCUCUUUACAUUGCUUGCGAAAAUGAACAUCUCAGCACUGUACAAUCUUUAGUUGACCACGGUGCUGACCUUAAUUUAUGUACCAGUUCUGGAGCUAACCCAUUAUUCAUAGCAUGUCAAAAAGGAUAUAACAAUGAUGUUCAAAUUUUGUUAAGCAAAGGUGCAGCUGUUAACAUGUGCAAGUAUAAUGGCGCUAGUCCCCUCUACAUAGCUUGCCAAAACGACCAUAUUAGCACGGUUAAACUUUUGCUUGAUAAUGAAGCAGAUGUCAAUUUAUGUAGAAAAGACAAAACCACUCCUCUCUUUAUAUCAUGCGAAAAUGGAAACGAAAACUUGGUACAACUUUUACUUGAUAACGAAGCAGACAUUAAUAUCUGUGACGAAGGUGGAGCCAGUCCUCUUUUAAGAGCUUGCCAGAAAGGAUAUAAUAAAAUUGUACAGCUUCUACUGACCAACGGCGCAAAUAUCAAUUUAUGCAAACUUGAGGGUUUUAGCCCUCUCUUUGUAGCUUGUCAGAACGGACAUGAGGAAACUGUACGAACUUUGCUCGAAAACGGAGCCAAUAUCAAUAUACGUACAAUAAAAGGAACUGCGAAAGAUAUUGCACUUCAAUACGGACAUGAAAUCAUUGUUCAAAUGUUAAAAGGAACAAUAUUGCAAAAAAAAUAAUUUAUUGCAAGGAAAACGGAGACCAUCUGAAUCCCAGAGUAUGCUAAAAUCGAUGAAACAACAUUCAUAACUUCAAACCUAUGUUUGAUUGGAUAUAUGUUCACGAAAAAGUUUAUUCAAACAGUGGGAAAAAUCAAAUGAAAUCUGUUAAGCAUU